GUCCAAACGGACCCCAGUGGUAGUUUUGUUGCAAAAUCUUUGUCAUUUUACAUUUAUAUUGUCUAACCUUCCAUGUAUUCCUCAAAUAGGGUGUUUUUGAUAUGUUCUCAUUUGGAUUUGUAUGUAUAGUUUUUUUUCUUUUAAGUUAUUUUAUAUUUUGUAUCAAUACCCAACUUUUCCAUAAGUGGGGUCCAAACGGACCCCAAGCAUUUUAUAUGGAGUUUCGGUUGAUAUCCCUAGGAACUUUUUAUUUUUGUCACCUCUGGUUGUCAGGAAUACAUUUGUUGCCGAUCAACACAUCUACUGCUUACAUUCUCACCACCCUGAAGAGCAUUUUUACUCACCAACACACAUCUUACUGUGCUAACAGUAAAGUACGGCUUCCAAACUGCAACCUCAAUGAUGAGAAAACCUUGAAGAAAAAGGGAAGAGGGACAUUUGAUGUCAGAGUGGAGGAGAACCACAACAUUUGUGCUGUGACAUGGUACGACACCCGUCAGGUGACACUUGUGUCAUCCUUUACUGGCCCAGAACCAGUGGAAAAGGUUAAACGUUGGGACAAAACUGCCAAAACAUUUGUGGAAGUUCAGAGGCCUAACAUCGUGGCGACCUACAACAAAAACAUGGGGGGAGUGGAUUUGCUGGACUCAUUUGCGGCCAAGUACAAGUUUCCUCUCAAGUCCCAUCGUUGGUACAUCUACAUCUUCUGGCACACAAUUAUUCUAGCUGUGAUCAACGCUUGGCUCCUGUACAAACGGGACUGCAAGGCCUGGGCUAUUCCAAAGAAAGAGAUCCUGAUCAGGAGACGGUUUCAGGCCCAGUUGGCAUCCUCCCUUAUCCUGACUGGCACAUCUGUCCCAGUGCCAAAGCGAGGGCGGCCAUCCUCAAGCCCUAUGAGUUCUCCAGCUGCUCGGCCCUCUAAGAGGAGAAAUGCACACCCACCAAGUGAUGUCUGCAAAGACAUGACUGGGCAUUUCCCCCAUCAGAGCUGA